AUUUCUAUUAACAAAAAAAAAAAAAAAAGUGUUCCGCUCUGUAAAUUUAGAGAGUUUGGGGGUGAAAAGGGAUAAGAUUUGAAAAUAGAAGGGCACAAAAGAAAUUUGAAAGAAAUAUGAACAAUCGUGGGUGUUCCACAUUGUUCUCGGCACGUCUGCUUAACGUAUCAGAUUUUUACUAUCUUCCGGGUAUGAAGGAAAGAUACCUUCGAAAUAUCGGGGAGGAAAAGAAAGGGUCUGAGUUUUGAUUUCAAAGGAAUCCAGAAAAGAAGAAGAAAAAAGAGAGGGAAAUAGAAAAUAUCAAGGGGAAAUUCUGCUGAUGAAGAACAAAAAUAGGAUUCGCAGGCCAAGAAUUCGACCUCCAAAACGUCAUGAUUUUGUAAAUAUGACGAAGAGUUUGCGCAUGAGAUUAGUGUAAUAUGAUGGAUGUUUCAUUUUGAGACGGUAAUUCUCUAAUUAAUUGGUCGUCGGGAAAGUUUUCGAAAGGAAGUGGUUCAUUUAGAGAGGGAUUCGAGAGGGGAAAUCCCUCAAGUGUUCGAUGAAAUGAGAAGCGAAGAAUACGGAUGGGAUAGCGAUUCAGAGAGAAAUGGAAUUGAGAAGAGGCGGUUAUGUGGGUGGUUUAGUGAUUCUCCUCUGUGCAUUGGCAAUUGUGAGCUCAGAGGGCAGGAGGAAGACGUUAGAAAUGGUUAUCGCCAAUGCCGGCGAUUGCCAUUUCACAUCCUCAGAGUUGGAAGGAGCUAUGGGCAAGAAGGCAUGCACGAAACAAUUUGUUCCUUGCAUCCAGAAAGAAACCAUGGAUAAAUCUAUAGCAAUUCUACCUCCUGAAAUGAAACAUGGCUUGUUGGAUUGUUUAAGAAGGAGAAGUAUGUUUUCUCGUGAUUCUGAACUUAGUCCUCCUAGCUUAUCUGAUUGGGUUAGGAGAUCAAUUGAGUUCAUUUUCGUAGAGUCCAAUAUUCACAUGAGACAAUUAAUUAGAUUGUUUCAAGGUUCAUCACCACCGCACCCUACUGCAGCUCCAGCUCCAUCUCCUGAUGCAGAAUCACCGGCUAAUUCUCCAUUACUGUCUCCCAUUCAUGCUCCAAUGUUGUCGCCGAGUAAUGCACCGACCAAUUCUCCUCCUGUCAUGGCCCCAGCGCCGUCGCCAGAACUGCUACCGCCAGUGGGCGACACUGAUGUUUUGGAUUCACCUCCAUCUACUGUGGCUCGCUCACCAUCUCUUCCACGAGCUUCUCCCAAGUCUCGCCCUCUAAAGAAGCAUGAAGAAAGCCAGAUGGGCAUAAUUGCUGGUAUUGUAGCAGCUGGUGUGGGAGUUGUUCUUGCGGUUGCGCUGGUUUUGUUCUGCUGUCGUAGAGGUAAGGGAAGUAAGGUUGAGCCGAAGGAUGGGCAAAAGAAUGAGAAGCCUUUAAACAACAUAUCUUUGAGUGAAUUACCAGCAGGUUCUUCACUGAAGGCAUACAGCGAUGGAAAUCCAGCAAUCAACGCUAAUAAUGGAACUAAACCACCACCCUUUUUUGUUGGCAACUUAGCAAUGAAUCCUGAAAACCAUAUCUAUAUUGCCGAGGGUCCAACAUCUGAUGGUAAAUCAUCAGCAAUGCCGCCUCUAAAACCCCCUCCUGGAAGACCAGAUGCUCAGCCUCCUCCUCCAACAGCACCUGCUGCGGCACCUCCACCCCCUCCGCCUGCACCCAGAGCUCCACCACCAUCACCCCCGAAAGUUUCUCGGCCCCCACCUGCACCACCGGCGGGAAUCCCUGGUAAACGUCAAGCACCACCUGUGGCGCCACAUCAGGGUGGACCCAAUGGCUCAAGUAUGGAUCCUGAUUCAGUAGGCCAUAAAACCAAGUUAAAGCCCUUUUUCUGGGAUAAGGUUCUUGCCAACCCUGGACAUUCCAUGGUCUGGCACGAGAUUAGUGAUGGAUCAUUCCAAUUCAAUGAGGAGAUGAUGGAGUCCUUGUUUGGAUAUGCAGCAGUGGAAGCUAACAAAGGCAACCGCAAGAAAGAUUUAGCUUCGGAACCUUCAGUACAGUACAUUCAAAUCAUCGACCCUAGGAAAGCUCAAAACCUUUCAAUUCUCCUACGGGCACUGAAUGUGACAACAGAAGAAGUUGUGGAUGCCAUUCAACAAGGAAAUCCUGAUCUUCCAGCAGAGCUUAUGCAGACCUUGUUGAAGAUGGCACCAACAGCAGAAGAGGAGCUGAAACUGAGAUUAUAUUCAGGGGAUCUUUCUCAGCUAGGUCCAGCCGAACGGUUCCUGAAGGUGUUGGUGAACGUUCCUUUUGCUUUUAAACGAUUGGAGUGCCUUCUCUUCAUGCUCUCAUUGACGGAAGAUGUCGCUAGCAUUAAGGAGUCGUUUGCUACGCUGCAGGUCGCCUGCAAAAAUCUUAGAAACAGCAGGCUAUUUUUCAAGCUACUAGAAGCAGUUCUCAAAACUGGCAAUCGUAUGAAUGUCGGGACGUACCGUGGCGGUGCUCAGGCGUUCAAGCUCGAUACGCUCUUGAAACUGGCGGAUGUUAAGGGAACCGACGGCAAAACUUCGCUCUUACAUUUUGUCGUACAGGAGAUUAUUCGUUCGGAGGGCAGUCGAGCAGCCCGCUCUAAUAGACAUAGCCGGAGUUCGUCCAGUAUAGUUUCCAACGAUACGGUUUCCGAAGACGUCGUCGACGGUUCUGUGGAACAUCAUCGGCGAUUAGGUCUUCAGGUCGUUUCUGGUUUGAGCACGGAGCUCCAGGACGUUAAAAGAGCGGCCGCCAUAGAUGCGGAAGGGCUAACGAAGACGAUCUCCAAACUCGGCCAGUCUCUGCUUAGAACCAAAGGUUUUAUAAACGCGGAGAUGGAAAGUUUGGACGAAGACAGCAAAUUCCACCAAUCGGUGACGAAAUUUGUGGAAGGAGCAGAAGCGGACAUUUCGUGGAUUGCAGAGGAAGAAAAGAGGAUAAUGGCACUGGUGAAGAGAACGGUGGAUUACUUCCAUGGAAAUUCUGGAAAGGACGAAGGAUUGCGAUUGUUCACGAUCGUACGCGAUUUCCUGAAUGUGUUAGACAAGACCUGUCAACAGGUCGAAGAAGAAGCUGCAGCUGCGGCAAAGCAAGCAAAGAAUUCCAAAAAAGAAACUCCAACAUCGUCGCAGCAGAAUUCAGAUCUACAGCAGCGGCUAUUUCCAGCGAUUGCAGAACGCCGGAUGGGCGAGGACUCAAGUUCUUCGGACGACGACGAUGGCAAGAGUUCAUCAUCAUCAGCAGCAGACUAGAUUUCACGACACUGAAAGUGUCUUAGUUAUACGAAUAGGAAUUUUUUUUGCACGAAAUAAUAUACUUUUUAGUUAUCGGAAGAACCCAAUUAUU